CGCCCCUCCACCUUGCACAGGCAGCUGUUACCCUGGAGACGAGUCUCACAAGCCGAGAGGAGCUGAUCGGGGGAGCUAAAGAACACAUCAUGUGAUACAGGGGAGACCUACCGAACCCGGACAUCAGAGAGCGGGUGAGAAUCAGUUUUGCCAAGGACUGAAAACCCAUUGUCUACGUAACAAAAAUGAACCGCUACACCACCUUCAAACAGCUUGGGGAUGGCACUUAUGGAAAUGUCCUGCUGGCAAAGAGCAAUGAGACUGGAGAGUUAGUGGCUAUCAAAAGAAUGAAAAGGAAGUUCUAUUCAUGGGAUGAAUGUAUGAAUUUGAGGGAAGUGAAGUCCCUGAAGAAACUUAAUCAUGCUAAUGUCAUCAAGCUGAAAGAGGUUAUCCGAGAAAAUGAUCAACUUUAUUUUGUGUUUGAAUAUAUGAAAGAAAACCUAUACCAGCUGAUGAAAGACCGAAAUAAGUUGUUCCCUGAGUCAGUCAUCAGAAACAUUAUGUUCCAAAUUUUACAAGGGCUAGCUUUUAUCCAUAAGCACGGGUAUUUCCAUAGAGAUAUGAAGCCUGAAAAUCUCUUAUGUAUGGGUCCUGAUCUUGUGAAAAUAGCUGAUUUUGGAUUAGUGCGAGAGCUGAGAUCUCAGCCACCCUACACAGACUAUGUGUCUACCAGAUGGUACAGAGCACCAGAGGUAUUGCUUAGAUCCACUACGUAUAGCUCUCCAAUAGACAUAUGGGCGGUUGGCAGCAUCAUGGCUGAACUAUACACACUACGGCCUCUCUUCCCAGGGACAAGUGAAGUUGAUGAAAUCUUCAAAAUCUGCCAAGUUCUAGGAACUCCCAAGAAAAAUGACUGGCCUGACGGAUACCAACUGGCAACAUCCAUGAAUUUCCGAUUUCCACAGUGCGUUCCUAUUAACCUGAAAACUCUUAUCCCUAAUGCCAGUGACGAGGCUUUAACACUAAUGAGAGACAUGCUUCAUUGGGACCCAAAGAAACGACCCACAGCCAGUCAGGCUUUAAGGUACCCUUAUUUCCAAGUUGGACAGGCACUUGGACCUCCACCACAAUACAUCGAGCCGAAAAAGCCUGUGAAUAAACCAGUGCAACCUAUAGAGCCACAGCCAGCGUCUGCAGUGAAGAAGAAAUCUCCACAGAUUGCUUUGGAGAAGACAGGGACUGACUCGGCGAUGGUCGCUCAUCGGCCCCUUCAGCAGAUUCAGGUGCCACAGAGCACAAAGGAAAACUCUCUUCCCAAACCUACACAAGUGUUUCUUCCCAACAUCAGCAAAACCAACUCUCCAAAGCCAGUAGCUCAGGUGUCCCAGAACAAUGCUGCUCAUGUUAAAAAUGGAAGGCGUCGCUGGGGACAGUCAGUUCUGAAAGACAGCUGGGAUGACUUUGAUACUGAAUUUGGCAUCUCGUAUUCUAAGAAACCCAGCAUUGCUGCAAUUAAGGACAAUAAAAACACGGAUCCUCUGUUCAGCUUGCCAGAGUCUGCUCCAACGGGAGAGGAAAACAAAGGUCCUUCACAGAUGGGUAUGUUAAGAAUGGACUCGGGGAAGACCACCUCAGCUAAACAGCAUUAUCUACGGCAGGCAAGAUAUUUCCCUGGUAUGAACCCAAAAAAUGGAGGAUUUUUGUCAACUAGUAAAGAAGCAAAUAAUUCUGCAUGGAGCAGUGCAUUGGCCUCUAAACCACUUGGUCCAAUUGGUGGAGGACUUGCUUUCAGUAGAACUAAUGCAGGCACGUUAGGAGGAUUUAAUGGUCCUUCAUACAACCCACCUGGGGGAUAUAUUCCUUCAUUUCACAAAAAGGAGGUUGGCUCAGCAGGACAGAGAAUACAGCUUGCACCAAUUGGCGCUACAACUUCACCCACACAUGAUGCUGGCGAUGAUAAGCCAAUGUUUAUUAAACCAAAACCUACCUGCCAAAAGGCAGUGUUUGAUGACCCCCCAGAUUACGAAGCUUGGAAAACAAAAGGCGCGCGCUCGCAGUUUCCGGGUCCAUCUUUUAAACCAGCAGCUAGGAACCUGCCUAUGUUAAAUCGGCCAGUUCAACCAGUGCACGGGAGAACAGACUGGGCCGCCAAAUACGGUGGCCACCGUUAACACCAUUGUUUACCGGCCAACAGCGGUCAGUUUUAGAGAGAAAAAGUGCCCCAUAACCCAUUGCUUCCUUUGUUUUGUAGGAUAACAGAACAGCAUUACCUAAAUUAAUUUGCCAAAAUGAAGAUGGCGUUUGCAAUACUACCAAAAAUUUGUAUUUUAUCCGAUUCCAAAAUAAACUGAGAUAAAAGUGUAAGUCGCAAUUUAAAGGUUGGGCGGUACAAAUACUUUUUGAUUAUAAAUUGGCAGUUUGAUAUCACAAA